GUUUAGUUAGAUAAUAAUUCAAAUAAUAGCAAAUUGCAUUUAUUUAAUUAGAGGUUUAAUUGAAUUUGAAUUCGUAAUGUAUACCAUCGAUGAGUUUUCUGAAGCGAAUUGUACCAACUUUUUACUUUUCCUAAAAGACAAAUGGGAUGAAAUUCACAACAAAACAAACAUAUUUAGAUACAAAAUCGACAACACAAGCGAAAAAGUCAUUGAUGGGUAUUUGUUACAGUUGAACCCAGAUCGAUGUAGCAAAAGGAGAACUCCAGAAAAAAUAGAAUCUGUGUGUCAACCUUUUAAUAAAAACAAAUUCAAUUUCACAAAAGUAUCACCAGAAGAAAUUAUAACUAGCCUAAGAGAUAAAAGUCUUGAUGAAGUUUCCACUGUAUUGGUGAAUGUGAGUCCCAUAUCACGUUACCACAGUUUGUUUUGCCCAGCACUCAAUAGUUGUUUGCCACAAAUUGCAACAGAACAAGAUUUGAACUUGGUCAUAAAGUUAAUGUUGAUCACGUCUGACCGGGCAUUUCGCAUUGGUUUCAACAGUUUGUGUGCACUAGCAUCUGUCAACCAUUUACAUUAUCACUUAUUUGUGGAGAAGCAAAUAUUGCCAGUAGAAAAUGCGGAAUACAUACAUUUAAUUGGUCCCGUUUUCUGUCUCUAUAACUAUCCUGUCCCGUCGUUUUGCUUUCAAGUGCGACAAGAAGACUGCACGCUUAAUAUAGCAGGAGAUGUGAACAAAUUACUGCAAUAUUUCUUGACAAACGACAUAGCACAUAAUAUAUUUAUGACAAAAGGUCGAAAAUUGAACGGAGGCACCGAAGAAAUUGUUCGAAUACUGGUGUGGCCCAGGAAGUCCAGUGCAGGUGCAAAACAAUUGGAAGCGUUUAAUGUAGCAGUGUGCGAAUUAAGCGGCUGGUUUCCUGUAUACAAUGUCGAUGACUUCGAGCGACUCCAGGCAUCGGAUUUGGAAGCCGAAUUGAGAAAGUGGAGAGUGGACAAUUUCGAUGAGUUGUGCAAUGAAAUAAAAAAUCUAUUUUCAUAGUAAUUGAAGAUGGAAAUCGAAUUUGUAGCCCUUGCUUUCAAAGAGCACUGCGCUACAGUCAGCGUCGUCUGAGGCAAGAGGUACCAGCAGUUGCUGGAGCUGAACCGGCAGUAGAAGUUGAACCAGCAGUGGUAGCUGAACCAACAGUGGGAGCUGAACCAGCACUAGAUGAAAAUGUGGAACAUGCUCUACCCGCUCAAAAUGUUUUGAGAUUUCCUGUGCCAGGAUUCACUAGAGCGACUUUUAACACAAAGUUGUGUAUUUUUCAAAAUUGUAACGGCCUACAACUAACCAGAAUUAAUAAUAUUCUGAGAUCCACGAUUUCGCGAGAUAAAAGUUUUUAUAUACCAUUCGGCGCAAGAGUCUGUGAAGAACACCGUUUUGAUCCUGCAUGGAAUGAUAUACCAGCUAUUGUGCGCCAUGUGUAUGCCUUGUUUUCACCUCGCCAAGUAGAAGAUAUUUUUCAAUUUUGAAAGACUCUCAUGACGGUAUUUUUCAAUAUUAUAUUGGAUUUUCUAAGGCCCACUUUACCCAAGUCUUGGAGAGUACUCCAACUAUUACAAGGGAACAUCCAAAAGCAGCUACAGCUUUAGCUACUCUUUUAGUGAAGCAACAUACAGGAGAACCAAACCAGAGAUUAUGCAGUAUAUUUAAAAUGGCACGAUCAACGUUUGAAGAAAAAAUGAAUAGCGUUCAUAAACGCUUUGAUGGAUGAAUUUGUGCCAAGAUAUAUGGGAUAUAAUCAUAUUACUAUAGAAGAAGUUAUAUCGCGAUGCCUGGCUAUACCCAAUGCUUUGUUCGGUGGCCGAGAUGGAGAGGAACGAGCCAUUACCAUCCACGAUGGCACCUAUAUAUACCUGCAAAGAAGUACAAAUUAUUAUUUUCAGAGAAAGUCUUACAGUCUGCAUAAACGGCGGCAACUGUACAAACCCUUUCUAAUGGUCUGUCCUGGCGGCCACAUCAUAGACAUAUAUGGCCAUUAUGAAGCUACAACCUCAGACGCUACAAUUUUAAAUACUAUGCUUGUAAAUCGUCAAAAUCCGUUGAAUUGGUUCUAUAGACCUAAUGACGUGUUUAUUUUGGAUCGGGGUUUUAGAGAUGCCGUUAGUCGGCUCGAAUCUGCUGGUUACAAUGUACAGAUGCCAAUAUUGAGCACUAGAGGAACCCAGUUAAGCACAGAACAAGCGAAUGAGUCAAGAAAAGUGACAAUGUGUCGCUGGGUCGUAGAAACCAUUAACGGCCGUCUUAAAAAUCAGUUUAAACUACUAAUUAACGUAGUAAAUAAUAGAGCCCUUGGACAUUUAUUUAAGGAAAUUAAAAUAGCAGGGGCUCUGCUCAAUGCCUUUGGGCGUCCGUUGACGGAUCACAGGUUAGUGGCAGACAUUCUUCAACAAAUAACAAGAACAGCAAAUAUUGAAAAUCAUUUGGCAGCGUACGUCAUAGAGAAUAAUCUUAACGCUGUAAGAGCGCUUUCCAAGCUAUUACAGCUGGAGUUCUAGCCGUAAACGAUUUUCCCCUGUUGAGUUUGGACGACCUCAUCGUUUUUGCAAUGGGAACCUAUCAAUUGAAACAGGCCCGCAGUUACUAUGGAGAACACAUAAAAAUAAAUGGGUUUUACAGGAUUGAAGUGUGUAGGGAACAACAUCUACAUGAUCUGAGACGAUAUAAUAUUAUGGGAUCUAACUCAUGGCUAUUGAGAGGACGAAUCCAGUCACGCCACAGACAAGCUAAAACUUAUUACACUUACGUUUUAAUAGAAGAGGGUAUGCAAGGCAUACAAGCGAUACACGCUCAUUACUGCAGCUGCGUCGUGGGUAAACGCACUCUGGGGUGUUGUUCACAUACCAUGUCAAUUAUAUGGUAUUUAGGGUACGGAAGACAUCAAGAAAAUCUAACCGCUCCCGCUAUUUUACUAGAUGAUAUAAUAAUUCGACACGAUGUUGACAACGAAGCCGAUGAAUCGUUUGAUGACGAAUUGUAAUAUUAUGCUGUGCAAUAUAUUAAAAAAAAUAUUUUAAAUAUAUGAUAAUUUUCUUUUGUAUCACAGAAUUUUAUAUGCAACUCAAACCUCGUAAAGUAUUAUGCGUAGGUACUGAAUAAUGCUUAGUAGUGUAAGUAAACGGAAAAAUGAGACCAUUACAUGAUUUUGUUUUUCUCCUGACCUUUAGAGACUGAACUCGUACCGAGUUUAGC